GACAGACUGUCAAGUACGGGAGAAGAAUUGACAUUAGUGUCUGUUUUUUUUUUUUUUAGAGAAAUCUAUCCUUCGAGUGAAAGGAAGAUUAGGUGCUUUUAGCACCUUUUCUCUCCUUUAGAUCAUAUAGCACUUGAAUUUCUGGAAUUACUGAAAUCACUUCCCUAUCCUUUUGACGCACAAGCGUCUGGGCGCGUUAAGUCUAGGUUAUGUCUUGACAUGUGUCAACUUUCCUGAUCGUUGAAGAUAUUACGUAGCUGAGAAGAUGAGCAACGAAACUCAGAUUACGAGUAUCUUAAACGAUAUCUUGAAAGUAGAAGCGAUAGAGGAGGCUUUCAGUUGCGUUCUCGUUCAUCAUCCCAAGAAGGAGAGUGAAAAGGUGGCGACAUGGCAUCAAGAACUGAAGACAGCUGUGACCGGAUUGACGAAGGAGCAGCAGGAGGCGGCGGUUCGUCAGUUCCUAUCGAUGGCGGCAGCAAUGACGAACCACAGGCGAUUACAAUUAUUACUGUCGCUACUGGAAAACCUAGUGUAUUCAAAUUACUUGCCUGCUAGAUUGGUGUGCGAAUGUAUUCUGAGUUGCGACAAAUUGCAAUAUCAGUUGGAGGAUUUUUGGGUUGAGUGUUUUGUUCUCAUUAGACAUAUCAUCGGCGGAGUCGACUACAAGGGAGUCAGAGAAAUCAUGAAAGGAUGCAAAGAGAAGGCCCAAACCAUACCAGCCCGAUUAGACGCGUCGGUACAACCACAACUAAAGGCUUUGGAAAACGUUAUUGAAUAUAUCUUCGAUAGAAAUGCGUGCUUAUUGCCGGGUUAUUUUAUUGUCAACGAGAUACAGAAAGCUUAUCCCGACAGCAAAAAUUGGCCUCAUUGGAAACUGGCAAAGUUGCUCUCGAAUUUUGUCGAAAGUUUUCGAAAUACUGCGCAAAUGGUAUCUAUAGUGGGACACUCGAAGAUGUUGCCAGUGGUUGAGCAUACAGGAUACGCAGACUAUUUGAUCAAUCCUUGGUUAUUGGAUCCUACUACAUUGAAGUUUUCUUUGAAAGGAAAUCUACCUUACGAUCCAGAUUUACUUAAGCCUCAAACGGAGUUACUUAGAUAUGUUUUGGAGCAGCCAUACAGCAGAGAUAUGGUCUGCUCGAUGCUUGGUUUGCAGAAACAGCACAAACAACGAUGCAUCGUCUUGGAGGAGCAACUUGUGGAGCUCGUCAUCCUCGCGAUGGAACGAUCUGAAAACGAAUCUCUGCCAGCAGAGGGGAUGGAUGGAACAGUGGCCAAUCACUGGGUGUGGUUGCACCUGUCUUCGCAACUGAUUUACUUCAUUCUCUUUCAAUUCGCCUGUUUUCCAAGCAUCGUUAUGGCGAUACACGAUAAAUUAGCCGGUAGAGAAUUGAGGAAGGGUAGAGACCAUCUGAUGUGGGUCCUUCUGCAAUUUAUUUCGGGUAGCAUUCAACGGAAUCCGCUGUCGAAUUUUUUACCCGUUCUGAAACUGUACGAUCUUCUCUAUCCGGAGAAGGAACCUCUGCCUGUCCCAGAUUAUACCCAAGCGCUGUGCACUCAUCAGAUGGCGAUAACGUGCAUAUGGAUACAUCUACUGAAGAAGGCUCAAACCGAGCCCUGCACUAACAUUCACAGGCCCAUACCGCACACGCUGAAGGUCCAUCAUGAGUUUCUGCAGCAUCUAGUCAUGCCAAAUGCUUCUCUGUGCAUGGGAUCGGAUUAUCGCAUUGCGCUAUUGUGCAACGCGUACUCGACGAAUCAGGAGUAUUUUAGCAGACCGAUGGCGGCGCUCGUGGAUACAAUCCUGGGUACGCAGAAGAAUCAACAGCAGCAGCCAUUGCAGAAUCUGCAGAAUAACGCGGCGUUGGCGAACGGCCCGACGACGCCGCUUUCAAUGUCUAUUCUGGAUUCUCUAACCGUGCACUCUAAGAUGAGCCUGAUCCACAGCAUUGUUACGCAUGUGAUCAAACUGGCGCAAUCCAAGAGCAACAUGGCAUUAGCACCAGCACUGGUCGAGACUUAUAGCAGAUUAUUGGUAUACACGGAGAUCGAGAGUUUGGGCAUCAAAGGUUUUAUCAGCCAGCUGUUGCCAACGGUAUUCAAAUCGCAUGCCUGGGGAACAUUGUACACACUGUUGGAGAUGUUCAGCUACAGGAUGCACCAUAUCCAGCCGCAUUACAGGGUACAGCUGCUGUCGCAUCUACACAGCCUCGCAGCGGUACCGCAGACCAACCAGACGCAGCUUCAUUUGUGUGUCGAGAGCACGGCGUUGCGUCUCAUUACCGGACUGGGUUCGGCGGAAGUACAACCGCAACUGUCUAGGUUCCUGUCAGAGCCGAAAACCCUCGUGUCUGCUGAAUCGGAGGAACUUAAUCGAGCAUUGGUAUUGACACUGGCGCGAUCCAUGCAUGUAACCGGCACCGGUGCCGACAGUCUCAGCGGCACGUGGUGCAAGGAACUGUUGAACACCAUCAUGCAAAAUACGCCGCAUUCUUGGGCGAAUCACACCCUCCAGUGUUUUCCGCCGGUGUUGAGCGAGUUCUUCCAGCAGAACAGCGUGGCGAAGGAGAACAAGCAACAGAUAAAAAAAGCGGUCGAGGAAGAAUACAGAAAUUGGGCGUCCAUGAACAACGAGAACGACAUCAUCGCGCAUUUCUCCGUUCCUGGCACGCCGCCGUUGUUCCUCUGUCUCUUGUGGAAAAUGAUACUCGAGACCGACCGCAUCAGUCCUAUCGCGUACAAAAUUCUUGAGAGAAUUGGCGCCCGAGCGCUUUCGGCUCAUCUCAGGAAAUUUUGCGAUUAUCUGGUGUUCGAAUUUGCCAACAGCGUUGGCGGUCAGCAUGUCAACAAGUGCGUCGACACUAUUAACGACAUGAUCUGGAAAUACAACAUAGUGACCAUUGACAGACUUGUACUUUGUCUAGCGUUAAGAACUCAGGAAGGUAAUGAGGCUCAAGUGUGCUUUUUCAUCAUACAAUUGUUGCUAUUGAAAGCGGCGGAGUUUAGAAACCGUGUACAAGAGUUCGUUAAGGAGAACUCGCCGGAGCAUUGGAAACAGUCAAAUUGGCACGAGAAGCAUCUCGCUUUUCACAGGAAGUUCCCAGAAAAGUUUGCGCCGGAGGGUAUUAUGGAGCAGACUAGUGGCGGGCCAAGUCAGUAUCAAAAUUUGCCCGUGUACUUUGGGAACGUAUGUCUCCGCUUCUUACCGGUUUUUGACAUAGUGGUGCACCGAUACCUAGAGAUACCGCCCGUCAUCAAGAGCUUGGAAAUAUUGUUGGAACACUUGGGCUGUCUGUACAAAUUUCACGAUCGUCCUGUGACAUACCUUUACAAUACAUUGCAUUAUUACGAAAAGAAGUUGCGAGAUCGGCCGUUGUUAAAACGUCGAUUGGUAUCCGCCGUUUUGGGAUCGUUACGAGAAAUCAGGGCACCAGGAUGGGCACUUUCCGAGGCUUAUCAAGUGUACAUGACACGCUUCAAUGACGAUGCAGUGUCAUGGGUACCAGAAUUGGAUUAUUACAUUCGACUUGUACAAAGGAUCGUAGAAACAAUGUCCGGCACGGCUCACUUUCCCGCCACCGACUGGAGAUUCAACGAAUUCCCAAAUCCAGCCGCGCACGCAUUGUACGUGACUUGCGUCGAACUUAUGGCUCUUCCGGUUGCUCCAGAUGCAGUAGCUAACUUUCUAUUAGACGUUGUUGCUAAAGGGUACACCGUUGUGCCGUCAUACGAGAUACAUUUGUGGAUAAAUUGCGUCGGUUUGUUACUAGCAGCGUUACCAGAAUGUUAUUGGUCAGCAUUGCACAAACGUUUGCUGGAGACCAUCAGCAGUCCCGGCUUGGUUAAUUGGCAGUACAAUAACUUGACGCCAUUCCAAAUGUUUAACUUCAACAUCACGCAUAACAACCUGUUAGAAAACAAGUACAGCUACAUGCUUGCACUGGCGCAUUCUGUGUGGCAUCAUGCAGGCGUAGGACAGAUCACGACAAUGCCUCAGUUUAUCAAGGAGAAACUUCAGCCGGUUGUAAGCAGCGAGGAACAAUUAAUAUACGCUUGCCACCUAAUCGGUCCCACUCUAGCGAGGUUUAACGCGGAGCGGCCACAUUGCGUGGUCGAGCUUGCAGUCUGCCUGUACGAGAUGCUGGAACGAGUUGACCACACUCAAACAACUUUGAAUUACAUGGAUCCAAUUUGCGAUUUACUAUAUCACAUCAAGUACAUGUUCGUCGGUGAUAUGACGAAAAACGAGGUGGAGUGUAUCAUACGGAGGCUGAGGCCAGCGUUGCAAAUGAGGCUGCGUUUCAUCGCUCACAUAAACAUUGACGAGAUCCAUACGUCCUAAGAUGUCCAUAUGCCUGUAAAAGAGGGUUGCCGUCGACGCGACGUGUAAUUCAGCAUCUCGCCUCAAAUCUUCGGCUCGCGGAAUGCCGACCUAGGUCGUUCUGGAAUUAGAAUUUAUCAAUUUAAAUAUAAACAGACGUAAGGUUGCAUCCCCAUGGAGAAAGAAAUAGCGGAACGGAAUUAAAACGGUAUUACUCUGAUUAGCUAAUCUCCAGGUGGGGGGGCUCUCCAGGUGGAAUAUUCGUCAAUCAGAGUAAUACCGUUUUAAUCCCGUUCUGCUAUUUCUUUCUCCACGGGGAGGCAGCUUAAGAAAUGUAUGCUUCCUAUGUUUUUUUUAACUCUUUACGAAAUGAUAUCUCUUGUACUUUGAUACUUUCAGAGUGUACCCGAAAAUAAAGUUUAACAUUCAGUAA